AUGAAACCCCUCCCAUUCCCAUUUCCUUUCAACAUCGGUACAGACAUUGUUCACAUCCCACGUAUAACUCGCCUUCUGGCACGUCCCGGAGACUAUCUCACGCGCUUUACCCGCCGCAUCCUAUGUGAGCAAGAACAGCAGGAUUUCCACAGACGUUUUGGUGAUAGCCUGAAAGCACGCUCUGUCUAUCAUCAGCAACCUCCUCCUGUUCCAUCAGAUAUAACGCGCUGGCUUGCCGGACGAUUCGCCGCAAAAGAGGCUGCGCGCAAAGCUGCCCCAGCAGGUGCGGCCUCACUCGGGUGGAAGGACGUUAUGAUCCGGGUCCAAGAAGAUGGAGGGCAAUUUGGAAAGGGCGUGAGCCGGAGGCCAGAAAUUGUCUACUUAGGAAGCAAGGAAGAUGGAAGUGAAGGAAGAGUUGCCAAGUUGUCUAUUUCCCAUGAUGGAGAAUAUGUGGUUGCAACAGUUCUGGCAGCAGGUUGA